AUGCCUAGGCAUUAUGUGAAAAAAACUGAUGGUCCAAAGUACACUCAAGAUGACCUGCAAAAUGCUUUGCUAGAGGUUGAAAAAGGAUCUUCAGUGUAUGCUGCUGCAAAAAAACACUGUGUUCCAGAGCAAACUGUAAGAAGAUGGGUGAUUAAAAAACCCUCGCAUGCAGGACCAGGAAGGAAAUCUUUCUUGACUACUGAAGAAGAAAAAUGCAUAGUUGUAGCUUUGCAAUUUUUGGGCAAGUGUGGUUUUCCUUUCGACAGAAGGGAUGUUUUAAAUUUAGUUAAAAGUUACUUAACUGAAAACAAAAAUGCUCAAAAGCUAUUUCCAAAUGGAAAGCCUGGUAUUGAAUGGGUUCGAGGGUUUGAAAAAAGAUGGAAACAGGAGCUUGGUAAAAGAAAAGCAGAGAUUUUGACAAAGUCUAGAGCAUCAGAUUUGAAUGAAGAAACAACAGGAUUUUUUUUAAAUCUGUAUGAAAAAUUACUGAUAGAAAACGAUUUGAUAAAUGAGCCUGAUCGAAUUUUUAAUCUGGAUGAAGCAGGUUUGUCAACUGAUUCCAGGUCAUUCAAAGUAUUUUUGAAAAAAAAACAACGCACAGCAUAUUUAAAAUCUGCUGAUUGUGGAAAAGCAACAUACACAGUUCUAUUUUGUGUUUCUGCAACAGGAGUAUACUGCCCACCAUUUGUUGUGUACAAAGGUCAACAUCUUUAUGAAUCUUGGACAGUUGGUGGGCCUCCUGGAACCUUGUAUGGAGUCAGCGAAUCAGGCUGGAUGCAAGAUUCCUUAUUCGAAUCAUGGAUGGCAUUCUUUGUAAAUUAUGUUAAAAAAAUGAAGAAACCUGUGCUCCUCACAUAUGAUGGCCAUGGGAGCCAUUUAACAUAUAACACUGCAAAGCUCGCUAUGGAUAAUGAAAUUAUUAUUUUCUGCCUUCCACCAAACUGUAGUCAUGCUCUGCAACCACUUGACGUCAAUGUAUUUUCACCAAUGAAAAAAGUGUGGAGAGACAUCCUUAAGAACAGGUAUCGGGAAAGCAGACUACAAAAUGUUGCCAAAGCGUCCUUUCCAUUUUUGAUGAAGAAAAUGUUUGAGAAGAUGAAGCCGCAAAAUGCAGUAAGUGGUUUUAAAGGAACUGGCUUGUAUCCUUUAAAUAAGAAUGCAAUUAGUCACCGUAUCAUGAUCACUGAAAAAAAUGACCCAGUACAAAUCCCAGUAAGCAGUAAAGAAAAUGCACAAGAAAGUGAAUAUUUCCUUAACUCGCCCCUAAAAGAUUUGAAAAAAGCUAUAUUGCAUACACUUUCACCCCCUCCAUCAGCAAAUACUAUUCUAGCAAUGGCAAACUCAACAAGAAAAAGGAAAAGAGUUCAAAAUAAGUGUGGUGAAGUUUUGACAACUGAAUCAGUUUUAGAAAGACUGGCUGCAGAAGAAUCAGAUCGUAAAUUUAAAUCUGAAAAACGAAAGGUACUAAAAAAACCUAUUGAUAAAAUGAAGAUUAAUGAAAAAGAAAAGCCUCUAGACAUGAAAGAAAUAAAGCAAGGUUCAUGGGUAGAAGUUGAGUAUAAAUGCAAACGCCAAAAUUCGAAAUUCAUAGGUCAAGUCAUUGAUAUUGAUGACCAUGUAAAAUAUCUUACUAAAUCUAAAAUAGGUCAUUAUUACACAUUCCCUGAAAUUGAUGAUGACAAUUAUGUCGAACACAGCAGCAUUUGUCGUCAACUGAACGAACCAAACUUUGACAAUCGAGGACAUUAUUUUUUUUGUUGA